AUGUCGUCAUCCUCAUCCCAGCCCGCCACCGCCGCCGCCGCCACCGGCGACGGGAGUGCAGCCCCACCCGUCCCGGCGCCGACCUCCAGCCUCGCCCGGGACCUCAACCUCCGCCGCGACGACGACGACGACGACGACGACGACGACGGCGCCCCGCCGGCCACCAUCCCGCGCCUCAUCUACGGCACCGCCUGGAAGAAGGACGACACCGCCGAGCUCGUCUACCAGGCCCUGCGCGCCGGCUUCCGCGGCGUCGACACCGCCGCCCAGCCCAAGCACUACCGCGAGGACCUCGUCGGCCAGGGCAUCCGGCGCGCCAUCGCCGAGGGCAUCGUCUCCCGCGCCGACCUCUAUAUCCAAACCAAGUUCACCCCCGAGUCGGGCCAGGACCCCUCAGACAUGCCCUACGACCCCUCGGCCCCGCCGGAGGAGCAGGUCGAGGCCUCGCUGCGCUCCUCCCUCGCCAACUUCACCUUCCCCCCCUCGGGCCCUGACGGAGGACAGCAGCAGCAGCAGCAGCAGCAACAGCCCUACAUAGACUGCCUGGUCCUGCACUCCCCCCUCCGCACCCCGCAGGCGACCCAGGCCGUCUGGUCCGCCCUGUCCGCGCACGUCCCGCACCGCGUCCGCCGCCUCGGCAUCUCCAACGCGUCCGCCGCCGACCUCGCCGCCCUGCUCGAUGUAGCCGACGCCGCCGCGGGCCUCGUCGUGCCGCCGCCGGCCGUGCUCCAGAACCGCUUCUACCGCGACACCCGCUGGGACGUGCCCGCGCGCGCCCUCUGCCGCCGGCGCGGGCUGGUCUACCAGUCCUUCUGGACCCUCUCGGGCAACCCGCGCCUGCUGAAGCUGCCCUGCACGACGGGCCUCGCGAGCCGCGCCGGCGUCGGCCCCGAGGUCGCGCUGUACGCGCUCGUGCUCGGGCUCGGAGGCACGAGCGUGCUCGACGGCACGCGGAGCCACAUGCGCGAGGACCUCGCGGGCGUCGAGGCCGUGGGCCGGUGGGCCGAGGAGGUGGCCCCCGGCGAGUGGAAGGGCUUCCUGGACGCGUUCCGCGAGUACAUACACGAGGCGCCGUGA